AUUCCGAAGUAUUGAGGGAUGAGAUUUAUUUGUUGGCUCAUAAGGCUUCUGAAACAGGGACUACAUUUGUCCGACAUGAAGUGUAUGAAGAUAUGGUUCACGCAUUUCAAAUGUUUAAUUUUUUGGAAUCAAGCGUAAAAGCGAUGAAUUCUGUAGGACAUUUUGUUCGUACAGUCAUACCAAUCCAUCAAAAAGCAACUUCACGUCCACAAGCAAGUCACCGAGAAUAUACACCAUUUGUUCCAAGAUUACCACUCACAAUCCAACAGCAAAAUGCUGAAUGGUCAUUCGCGAACUCAUUUGAACAACUGCUUAUCCCAAGGUCGCAAAUAUCUGUAGGACAUGAGAAACCUGCAUGUACAGAGUGUGAUGAAUCGUCUGUACUGAGAACUUCUAUAUCCUCAAUAAUGGGGUAUCCUCAUUUCACACCUAUUCCUUUGAAAACUCCCAUCGAAACAACCAAUUUUGCUUUCCACAACCCUAAUUUGCUGUUAUCGCAACAACGUGAAUACUCUUCUCCCCAGAAUCCGUCGACCCCACCAGCUCGAUUCACUCACAUCCAGAACCAAACUCACGUUAGUCUCAAUAAUCGACGUCAUCAGCGUAUAGAAUCUCAAAGAUCUCAGCCAACAAUAAAUCCUCUGAGAUCCUCACGUUGUUCUGUUCUAAAGCAAUUAUAUUUAGACUAUAAUGAACAUCCUGCCGUUAAUACAAACUUCGUAAAAAUAAACGGUACAACUGACGAAUUUAUAAAUAGUGAUGUUAACUGUAAUUAUAAUAUUGAGUAUGAUAGUGAACUCGAUGGGGACGGAAAUGAUGAUGGAAGGAGCAUUCAUAGUGUAGAUGUGAGUGUCUACACUGGCAGCUAUUUUGGGGAAUAG